UUGAGCCCCAUAUGGGGGUUGGCCGGCAGCAAAGAGGACCUUUCCAAGGCGUUCGAGUGAAGAACUCAGUGAAGGAGCUCCUGCUGCAUAUCCGAAGUCACAAACAGAAGACUUCCAGCCUAUCUGUGGAUGAGUUUAAGGCACAGAGUGUGAACAUUGAGCAACUCACAGAAGUGAAGAGCACAGUAUCUGCAGUGGGGAAAAGAAAGGGAACGGAUCCUCUGUCUGAUGGACCAGUUUGCAAAAGGCCGGCUCUGUUGUCUACACACUUUGUGACAUCACCUCAAACACCUACAUCUGGGGAGAGCAUGGAAGAUGUUCGUCCAAAUGAAUCCAAACUGGAUAGCAGUGCUGAUCUGCUUCAGAACAUUAUAAACAUCAAGAAUGAGUGCAGCUCAGUUUCACUAAACACUGUCCAGGUUAGCUGGAUGAGCCCUGCGGUACCCCAGAACUCCCCUAGAGACCAGUGCCAGGAUUUCCAUGGAGGGCAGGUCUUCUCUCCACCUCAGAAGUACCAACCAUUCCAAGUCAGUGGCUCUCCACAAAUGAUGGACCAGGCUUCUAUGUAUCAGUAUUUGCCACAAACCCAGAGCAUGCAGCAGCAGCCGCAGCCGCAGCAGCAACAGCAACAGCAACAGCAACAGCAGCAGCAACAGCAGCAGCAGCAGAACUAUCCACACAAUCCAGCUCUGCAGUUCAGUUCUUGUUCCAGAACAUCCCAGUCUCCCAAGUAUGAAUCAAACCUCUUUGAUAGUCAAGAUCCACAGUUCUGCACAAGCCAGAGUUUUGUGUCUCUCCUGAGUGGCCACGGGGAAUCUGAGAAUAUUGCUGUUCCCCUUCAGCCUUCCUCCAGCAUCCCACAACAAAAUGAGACUCACCUGCAGAGCUUUAGCCUGAUGCCAAACAAUGCCUGUGAGGCAGGCAGGGUGCAUGAUGCCGGCUCACCCUCUUUGGGUACUUCCCUGUCACUCCAGAACAUCAUGGGAAGCCCAAUGAACACCACACAGCUAGGGAAGUCAUUUUUUCAGUGGCAGGUAGAGCAGGAAGAAAGCAAAUUGGCAAAUAUUUCCCAAGACCAGUUUCUCUAUAAGGACUCAGAUGGUGACACGUUUCUCCACAUCGCUGUCGCCCAAGGGAGACGGGCACUGUCCUAUGUUCUCGCAAGAAAGAUGAACGCAUUUCACAUGCUGGACGUUAAAGAGCACAAUGGACAGAGUGCCUUUCAGGUGGCCGUAGCUGCCAAUCAGCACCUCAUUGUGCAAGAUCUGGUGAACCUUGGUGCCCAGGUGAACACCACAGACUGCUGGGGAAGAACCCCUCUGCAUGUCUGUGCAGAGAAGGGCCACUCCCAGGUGCUCCAGGCAAUCCAGAAGGGAGCAGUGAGGAGCAAUCAGUUUGUGGAUCUUGAGGCAACUAACUACGAUGGCCUGACUCCCCUCCACUGUGCGGUCCUGGCUCAUAACGCUGUGGUGCACGAACUACAGAGGAAUCAACAACCCCAUUCACCUGAAGUGCAGGAUCUUUUACUGAAGAAUAAGAGCCUGGUUGACACCAUUAAGUGUCUGAUUCAGAUGGGAGCCGCAGUAGAGGCAAAGGAUCGUAAAAGUGGCCGCACAGCCCUGCAUUUGGCAGCAGAAGAAGCCAAUCUGGAACUCAUCCGCCUCUUUUUGGAGUUGCCCAGUUGCCUGUCUUUUGUGAACGCAAAGGCUUACAAUGGAAACACUGCCCUCCAUGUUGCUGCCAGCCUCCAAUAUCGGGUGACACAGUUGGAUGCAGUCCGACUGUUGAUGAGGAAGGGAGCAGACCCGAGCACUCGGAACUUGGAGAAUGAGCAGCCAGUACAUUUGGUUCCUGAUGGCCCUGUGGGAGAACAGAUCCGACGUAUCCUGAAGGGGAAGUCCAUUCAGCAGCGAGCACCACCGUACUAGCUCCCUUGGCUUGGAGCCUGGCCAGCAACACUCACUGUCAGUUAGGCAGUCCUGAUGUAUCUGUACAUAGACCAUUUGCCCUGUAUUGGCAAAUGUAAGUUGUUUCUAUGAAACAAGCACAUUUAGUUCACUAUUAUAUAGUGGAUUAUAUUAAAAGAAAAGAAGAAAAAUAUUUAAUUUUCUUGGCAGAUUUGCAUAUUUCAUACCCAGGUAUCUGGGAUCUAUACAUCUGAAUUUGAUCUGAAUGGUAAAAUUGCCUUCAAUAAACAGUAGGCUUGGGGUAGGAAAAGACUCAUGGGAAAAGACUUGAUUGUGGCAUAAAGCAUUGCUCACAUGGCUAUUGCCAGUUUCAAAUUAGGUGGACUGGGAACUUGAAAAGAAACAUGAAAGCAUUUGAAAGGGGACAAAAAAUUUGGAUGUACUGUUGAUGCUUCUUUGGUCUGAUGCAGGAUCUGGUGGUUAAUACUCUCUUGCACUAGAGGAGAGAGGCCGCUGGCUAGUAUGUGGUCUUUGAAGCUGUAUAUAAUUGUUAUUUUUACCUUUAAAAUGUUGUACGUUUGUGAUUGUUAACGAGGACAUUUGAAGCAUGCAAAUCAAUAAAACAGAAAAGAGCUAGUGGGUCGUUACUGCCUUUAAAAUUACGCACACUCAACAGCAACUUUUAUAGUUUUCACAGAUGAAGCUCAUGAGAGUGUGUCCCAAAAUUGCUGUUUGGUUUGCAAAUGGGCGGUUUCAUACAUUGGAAAGAGAUAUACUUGUAGGUUAUUGUAUGUUCUUGAAGAGACGAUUUUUGUGAAUCACCUCUUGCUGAAGUUUUUGUUUGUCCUUAAUAGAAAUUAUGAAAAUUCAACACUGAAGCAGAGCUUGUUUUCUAUUGUCAAAUAGUAAUACCGUGUUGUGAUGUUUAUACUAUUCAUAAAAAUGUUUUACUUUUUAGUAAUGUUAAUUCUUUAACAUUAUUUUGCUUACAUUUGAUAUACCUGGGAAGAAUAUAUUUAGCUUUGAUUAUACACUGUUUCUUUUUGAUAAAUAUGACCCAUUAAAAUGAUGUCUUUUAAUUGACUAUCUUUGUAGCUAAGGACUCAUGUUCUUUUUUAAAAGAUGACCUUUGAAUUGGAUUGUUUAUAUUGUUUGAUUCAGGAUACCUUAUGGGUAAAAAUUUGAUUCAGUCACUUGGCAUCUCUAAUGUAUGAACUCAGUCCACUCACUGACAAAACUCAUGCAUAGUUUUAAAUGAAUAUUAAUAAACUCAUGUUGUUUUAUAAUCUGCA